GAGCAAGGCUGUGAGUAGGUCUGGCCCCAGGGAAACUGGCGAAGACACGUGACGCAACCCCACACCCGGCUCUUCGUUCCUGACGCUCCUGCCUCGCCUGGCAGCCCGAGCCCAAAGAUGUCCGUUCAGAUAAAGGAGGUCUUAGAGAGGGCGGGACUAUUCUUCCUCAGCUGACAAGGGUGGAGGCGAGGUCACGUGGCUCCGGCCCCGCCUCCUCGGAGGGGCGACGGCGGAAGUGACCUCACGGCGUUCUUUGCUGCGUGCGGCUACGUGGCGGAGCCGGCGGAAGCAGUACCUUCGCUGGACCCGGAGUGUUUGUGUUUUGGUUCGCGAGGAGCCAGGGCGGUCUGAGGGGAGGAGACCGAGGGAGGAGGAGGACGACGAGGAGGAAGAAGUCCUCGGAACUCGAGCGCGGCGACUCUGGAGGAGGAAGGAGGAAGGCGGGGCGGAGAGGCGGAGACGCAGCCCGGCAGGGGCGGCACGGCGCUCGGAGUCCUGCGCCGGCCAGUGUGAGAAGGAGCGAGCAGGCGACGCCGCUGCAGCUGCGGCGGCGCAUCCGAUCUCCGGGCCGGCCGUGCGUGGCCUCGCUGCCGGGAGCCGCGCCCCAGGUAUUUCUCCAGAAAGAAAACAAAAUUGAUGCCUUGCAUCCUGGAAGUUCAUUUAGGAAUCUGAAAUUAGAGACUUCUUUAAAAUUUGGACAUGGCUAAUCGAGGAGCAACAAGACCCAACGGGCCAAAUACUGGAAAUAAAAUAUGCCAGUUCAAACUGGUCCUUCUAGGAGAGUCUGCUGUUGGCAAAUCAAGCCUGGUGCUUCGCUUUGUGAAAGGCCAAUUUCAUGAAUUCCAGGAGAGUACCAUUGGGGCUGCCUUUCUAACCCAAACUGUAUGUCUUGAUGACACAACGGUAAAAUUUGAAAUUUGGGAUACAGCUGGCCAAGAACGGUAUCACAGCCUAGCGCCAAUGUACUACCGAGGAGCACAAGCAGCCAUAGUUGUGUAUGAUAUCACAAAUGAGGAAUCCUUUGCAAGAGCAAAAAACUGGGUUAAAGAACUUCAAAGGCAAGCAAGUCCUAAUAUUGUGAUAGCUUUGUCAGGAAACAAAGCUGACUUAGCAAAUAAAAGAGCCGUUGACUUCCAGGAAGCACAGUCCUAUGCAGAUGACAACAGCUUGUUAUUUAUGGAGACAUCGGCUAAGACAUCAAUGAAUGUAAAUGAAAUAUUUAUGGCAAUAGCUAAAAAGCUGCCAAAGAAUGAACCACAGAAUCCAGGCGCAAACUCGGCCAGAGGACGAGGAGUAGACCUUACUGAGCCUGCACAGCCAGCCAGAAGCCAGUGUUGUAGUAACUGAGCUCCAGUGUGAACUUCCUAAAUGGCAAAAACCAUGGAGUUGGGAGCAAUUUAGCCGGCCCAGUGUGACUUCCAAAAAGAGACUAUGGUAGAAUCAAGUUUCUAAUACUGAAUUAUUUUGAGUGUUUUGAACUUAAUUUUUAAUAACAUGCAUGUGUUCCUCCGGCAGUAGAAAGGAAAAUGAGAACUGUGUAUACACUUGUUCCAUGGGAAAGUGCAGGGGAACAGUUGUCUCCAGUGGGUAUGGACCCACUCUUAACCCACCCAGUCUCCACACUGGGAUAAUAGUCAGGUAUGAUGUAUUCAAAAUUACUAAUGUAUGCAUUAGAGAAACAUUUUUAGAAGACUAAAAAUAUUUAUGCUUAGCAACAAAAGCCAAGCAAACGGUAAUUUGAUUCUUAAAAACUCUACAUUUCACAUAUUAAUAAAGCAAUCCCAAGAAAACAGUCCUAUAUCUCCAGAAAAAGGGAAUAUAGGUGGCGUCUUAAUUUUAUUCAGUCCCGUUAUUCCUUAAAAUUUGAUUAAAAAAAAAAGUCACAUGUAACCCCAUCCUUUUUAGGAAUAUAAAAACUGAUAAAUACAUUUUAAUGGAUAGUGGUCCCUUCAUAUGAGCUUCUUUUAAAAAAAUGUAAACAAACCAGGUAUCUGCUUUCUAUUUAAUCACUGUUGGCUAUUACAUAGAGGUCUGUCUGGAACAGGGAGGGGGCUCUGCUUCCCUUUGAACAUAAUUAGCAGUGCACUAACAAUUAUGUACAUUCAAACUUGAUUAUUUUAAAUAUGAUCUUCAGCUGUACUGUAAAUAGAGUACUGCAUUGUAGUCUCCAUGUUUAUUAUUUCCUGUAAUAUUUAAGAAUGGCCUAAACAUAUACAAAAUGUACAGUUACUAAAACAGCUAAUUAUUUCUUUCUCCCCGAUGAAAGGAAGGGGCUUUGCUGUUCUUACUUGGCUAGAACCAUAAUAAACAAUGUACUUGCAAUUUGUAACAUAAGUAUUACAAUGUUAUUAGUAAUAAUCUUGAAAACUUGUUUUUUGAAGUCCAUUUUCUUUUAAUCAGUAUAUUGCACUAAUUAUUUUAGGUAUUUUCAUUAUAUGAAAUCUACCAUGUGUCAGAUGAUUUAAUCUAUUUAAGUGUUGAUCUGCUAGCAGAACUUGUACAUUUUACAGUAACUCAAAAUUAGUAACGAAAACAGUUCACCAGUGUUUAGUUUUAUAUUGAGGUGCUCAGGUUGGAAUAAAGUGGUAUAAAAA